AUGGAAAUUGAUGAACAUGGACUUGAAUAUCACGAAGGGGCCCAGCUAUUUUACAUCUUGAUUUAUUACCAAUACGAGCUAGCCUUGGUCCGUAACUCGGAGUUUGAAAAGCACCAGGUCGCUUUUACUAUCUUCCAACAGGCAGAUUAUCACACCUCGGAUCUUUUGUUCGGCACCCGAAUCCAUCAAAGUCGGACUUGUGGCGGUGGUCAGCGAGAGCUGACGAUAGGUACUGCCGCUUUGGUGGUAGGUGCACGGCGUUUCCAGGCUCCUCUUAUGAUAUCGCUGAAUUCGAGUAAGGAUCUGGCUCUGGACGAACGCGCUGUUAUGAUUGAGAAGCUUUGGCCAAGUAUUCAAGAGGCCAAUGCGGUCUGUCCGGCUCAUGCACGUAUUGCGAAGACUCAUAUUUUUUUUUCUACACAAGAGAAACCAAUGCUUCGUACUGCAAAAGGAACUAUGCAGCGCGCUGGGACAUUAGCACAAUACCACCAGGAGCUAGAGGACCUCUACGCAGAUGUGGAAAAGGUAUCAGGGCAUACUGCCAGCUUUGAUAAACGUGGUUUUAGUAACAAUCCAGACGUGCUAUCUCAGUAUAUCCGGGAAUCUCUAUUGGAGAUUGCCGGGUGGACAGAUGAACUCUCUGACACUGAGAACUGUCUUGCUCGUGGUCUAGAUUCUCUACAGAUAAUCACGGCCACUCGUAUCCUUAGACAGGGUCUCAAUCUACCAGACCUCAACCCAAGCAUUAUAUACUUGCACCCCACAGUCAAAGAUUUAACCGAAGCAGUCCUUUGGCUACAUCAGGAAGGAGAGCAGUCUUCCAAGGCCUAUAAUAAGGCACAGCUCCAAGAAAGAGAGAAACUUCUUCGAGGGCUUGUUGGUCAAAUGGAUGUUUCUUCAAGGACUAAGUCCCAUGUUGGAAAAGAGAACUCCGAACAAAGCGUGAUAUUGACCGGUUCCACGGGCAAUUUGGGUACUUUCAUUCUAGACGCCCUUCUGAAGAACGAUUUGUGA